GUCUCAAGCGAGGAGCUGCCUGGGCUUUAGGAGCGCUUUCGAUUUGCUAGUCCUGUGGGGGGGUGGUUAUACUCGCCGAGAAACUUUCUCUUGUAAUCGCAAACAACACCGGACAACCAUCUCGGGAGCAACUCGCCGAAACGGACCAUCGAGCAGAGGCGAUCGGUGAAGUUACAGGUUUCCUUUUGAAAUCAGCAGGCUUGCCGGCCAGCCGUAUGAAUGAGCUGGCUAGCUAACUGAUCCAGUCUUUAUUCCCUUGUAGAGAUGAUGCUGUCAAACUGAACCUCCCCCUGCUCGCUUCCUUACCGCUAACGUUACUAAGACUGUAACGUUAGCUGCGACUGUCAGAUUCAGUGUUUAAGAUGGCAGCAAGCUGGCAGGACGUAGCGACUCGGCAGGCCGAGCUGAUAGCUAGUCGUCUGCGGGAGCUGCUGUCCUCCGGCCUGGGCCUGCUCCGCUCCGAGCUCGGGGUGGAUCUGGGUCUGGAGCCCCAGUUGUACCCGUCCUGGGUGAUCCUCUUAACAGCGCUCCUCGGGGCGCUGCUUAUCGUCGCGCUGUGGGCCGCGGCCUGCGGCGGGAUAUUCGGGGGAAAGAAGCGGACGAUCAGCGCCGCUGAAGAGAGGAACGAAAGCACGAAGGCUUCGUUGAACAAAGCAGCCAAAACCGAAGAGCAGAAAAAGAAGAUCAAAAAGAAACCCACAGAGAAGAAACCGCAGCCAAACGGCCGCACUGUGGUGGAGCUGCAGGAGGACGUUAAGGUUGCAGAGGAGAAUCUGAAACCGUCACCGGAGGUCAAGGCUGAAAAGACAAAGAAGAACAAGAAGAAGCCAAAAACUGAGGCAAAGCAAGUGCCAAAGGCAGUCUCGCCAUCUGAUGGCAAAGAACCUGAUGAAGGUGCCUGGGAAACCAAGAUCAGUAACCGGGAGAAACGGCAGCAGCGCAGGAAGGACAAGCAGACUGGCGACGAUUCGGGCAGUCCGGGGGGAGUGGACGCCCCAGCCAGCAGUCCAGUGGAACAGCCCAAGGCCACAGCCACUGUACCAGCGGCCCAGAGGAAGAGCAAAGCAGAACCCCUGCGUGUCAAAGCUGGGAAGGGAGAAGCCAUCAUAUCUCAAGUGUCGGCCAGCUGGACUGAGGUUCCAGCGGUGAACGGAGGAGGGUGGAACGACAUGGCCAUGAAGCUCCCGGUCCAGAUGACUGUCUCCGAUGGGGAGAACUGGACCACCAUUCCGAAAGCGGCUGGGCACAGGAAUCCGGAGCCCCCCGCCUGGGGGCAGGAGAUGGAAGGAUCCUGGAGCGGCGUGGAUGGGAGGAUCAAGGCUGACCUCAGUCCAGUCUCCUUCAAGGCACUGGGGUUAAACACCACAGCUGCUGAGCCUCAGCCAAUCAAAGACCUGCAGUGUCACAGCCAGCCUCAAGUGGAUGACGAGUGGUCUGGCCUCAAUGGGACCGCGGCUGACCCCAGCUCUGACUGGAACGCCCCCUCUGAACUGUGGGGGAACUACGAGGAGCCCCAGCCAGAGAGCCCCACCCCACCUGAGGAACCUGCCCCUGAGGCCAUAAAGGGGUCCGAUGAUGAGAAGGAGAAGGGGGAAUCCACUGCUGGGGGAGGCGGCAAAUCCAAGAAAAAGAAGAAAAAGAAGAAGAAACAGGGGGAAGAUGUAGGUGCUGCUCCCCAGGAGUCGGCGGAGAUGGAGAAGGAGGCUGCGGCCGAGGUGGAGGAGUUGAGUCCACCGGUCCAGGAGAACGUCCAGUCCAUGCAGGCUGCAGCUCCUGCCGCUGAGGUGAGGGCGGAGCGGCCGGCAGCGGCGCCAGAGAGCACGUCCCAGAAGCCCCCCACGCAAGUGCCACAGAGGCCAGCGGAGCCGGAGUCUGCUGCCAAGCAGAGCGGCUCGCCCCCCGCCUCGCAGAAAAAGUCCGAAGAGAACUGGCAGUCUCCAAAGCAAGUCAAAAAGAAGAAGGCAAGGAGAGAAACAUGAGUUUGACCUGGAGUCCAGAUGAAUUAUAUGCAAAAGGAAAAAAAAUUCAUGUUUAUGCAAUAAUUUGAGUGUACAGAAUUUUAUACAAAUUAUGACUACUUUUUUUAACAUUGGAAAGAAAAAAAAUCAAACUCCUGAGUCUGGCCUGCAUUAACGUCCCACUGGGGCAGGUUUGGUCCUCCAGGCAGCAUCUGAUCAUGUGCACUGUAAGCCCCACCACAGUUGAUGUUGCUGAUUGACGCGUAGCUGGGGUGCAAGAUUCUAAAUUAUUACUAUUUUGUUUGUUUUGUUUUUUUUUUUCUCUUGUUCCAAUGGAAAUAGCUUUGGAAGAUGUACUUUUGUUAACCUAACAUGGUGAUUUUUUGAAAUCAUAUGGCUAGCGUGAAAAGUUUUGUGAACUGUAUGGGCAAAGCAAAUCUGCGUGUCGCGACCUCUGACCUUUGUUCUCAGCUGCGCUUUUCCCAACAUUGUGCUCAGUACAGCGGUGUAGUGACGCCCAGACUCGGAGCGAGAUAGACCAGACCGCACGGAUGGGCCGAGGGCGUAGGGGUGAGAGGGAAGCGACAGCCAUAGACAGGCUGCAGUGUGCUCGGAGCGUUCGGUAACUGCCUAGUUACCCAAAGAAUGCCCGAGGUUAGGAAGUGUCUCAUUCUAGAGAUUUUUUUUUUUUUUUUGCAUAAAUCAGUCUUUUUUUCCUUAGUGUUUUUUUUCCUGAAUGUUUUUUCCUUACUGUUCUACAUGGUGCCCUGACCUUUUUAGAUGUUAACAUUUCUAACUGGUUCUGUCCUAGUUCUGUGGUCUGUUGAUUUGAACCAUUUCUUUGUCGUAACCUCCUCUUCGUAAUAGAAAAAGCCAAGCCAUAUGUAAAGAAAUGAAGGCCUUUUCUACAUCUGAGACUUCUGAGUACGUUGUGCUGCAGGUUAUAUGAUUUCCUACGAGUUUCCAUUCAUAGAUGAAUAUGGUAGAAUAACAGCGUUCAUUCCUGUCUUUCAUUGUUGUUGACUGUCAGGAAACUGAUCAAUUUAAGUGCAAUACGUGAUGUGACAGGUAAAUGGCAGGGUGUCUCUAAAACAGCUUUAAACCACGUUGUCCGAGUCGUUGAUACCGUAUCAGGAAUGAAAUUCUAUUGCCUUAACCUGUAGCGUGUGUGACGUGCAUCUAGGUGUAUUUGUUCAUUGAGAUAAAGUGCAUUUGUUUUUACAGUCUUUCAGGGCAAGAAGUGGGAGGCUUUACAGUAUGAUCCUAAGUUUCAUACAAGCGCUAUAACCUGUACAUGUAGCCAGUAACCAUGCUUGCAGUGUCACAAAAGUAAACAUAUAUCGGCAGGCUAUAACUGGGCAUUUUGAUUUUGAAGUGGUCGUGCUGUGGCAGGCACAGGUACGGUGCACUGUAAAUAGCCCUUUUCAAUAGUACGAAAUGGACCAUGCACGUAGUGAGGAGCUUCUUCGUGGCUUUCGCUCAAGCAGAAAUCCGCAGGGCCUCGUCUCGGCGUGGAGCGAGGAGCCGUGCAUCUUGAAAUGUUGUUUGUCUAUUUGCACUUACCCAUAGUCCUCUGCGGCUCCGUCACAGUGCGAACCUCUGGUGUAGCCUCAGUAACGC